UCAUAAAGAUAAUCGCAAAAGCAUCAAUGGCCAGACUCGUCUCGACCCGGUUCAGCUCCGUAAGGGGAGAAAAGAUUGCAGACCAAGAUCUUAACCAUUUAAUAGUCUAGCGCUGCUCCGAGUUCGCUUCUCGGCCUCAUCUAACGGUGUUGAAGAAGGUCUACCAAUCAAGCGGCUUCAUCAAUCAACAAUGAGACAGCAGGGGCAGUAUACCCAUUCGGGUGUCAAUACAUAUGCCGGCAGCCAGAUGCAUCAAAUGUCUACUCAGAGGAUGGAGCAGAAGCUGGGUCCUUUCGAAGGACGACUAGAGGCCUUCACUCCUGAGAGGGAACAUCCAUAUGGGACCUCGAAUGCAGAGGGACGAUGGAAAUGGGAAAGGGAUGGAUCAAAAGUCUCAAAUUCAGUGGCAUCUUAUAUGUCCAAUGAAGGCCAAGGGAGUGAUGCUCCAAGAUCCUAUUUUCAUGGUCAGAGGCCUGAUCCAAAACUAGCUGUAGAAAAACAAAGCAACAGUGACACCAGAUCCCAAACUCAUGAAGAAAAUAUGGACAUUGGUUUUGAGGGCAAUGCUCUGUUGCAGACUUUUGAAGGUCUUGAGCAAAAAUUCCAUGAUGAUAUUAUGAAACUAGCCAAGGAGCAGAAUGAAAUUGAGGAUGCUGAAAACGCUCGGCAUAGAGAGAGAAUAAACACAAUAAACGCUCAGUAUGAGGAACAACUAGUAGCACUUCGAGCUCGGCAUGCCAGUCGUAGAGAAGAAUUCCUACAGAGGGAAUCUCAAGCACGGCAACAUCAGUACCAGAAAGCCAUGAUGGAUCAGUACCCUAACAGUAGCAUGGGCUCUAGCGAUCCUCAUGGUUACAUUGGAAUUGCAAGCUCAGCUGCUGUGGGAGAAGCACGUAGAGGCUAUAAUAGUGAUCAUUUUGAUUCAUACAGAGAACGGGCUCGAUUUCUUGGGGGUGCCAGAGAUGAGGGACUCGAGUCAAGAGGUCCAUAUCCUGGUGGUCGUGUUUAUGAUACUGGCUCCCGCUACUACUAAUUUCGAUUCAUGCAUGCCUUGCUGAUUUCUGGUGUCUGGUCUACGCAAUACCGUUUACGCUGGUACUACACUUUUAGUGCUGUAAACGUUCCAUCUUCUGCAGUAUUAUACCAUUUUCUCCCGUUUUAUUGCCCCUUUGUUUAUGUGAAUCAGGAUCUCGUGUUCAGCAUUUAGAAGCAUUGUUAAAUUCAAGGACUAUUGUUUCAGAAUC